AUGAAAGUCCUGUCGAGAACAGAUGUUGCCGAGCCUACUCCUUUCCUUGUGGACGAGUUCCGCCUUCUUAACGGGCCUCUUGAAGUGAAAACCGAGCCGACUGAGUUCGAAACUGCCGUACAUACUGAGGCUUACAAACAAGUCUUUGGCUUAGCCGGACCAUCUCAGCCAGAUACGAAGAAACGCCGAAUCAAAAGGAGUGUUCCCGAUCCACCUGGUUCAACCCUUUCGACCGAGGACUCUCUUCAUGAUUUGAGGGAGAGUUGCCACUUUUCUGAAGAUGUUGAGAUACUGUUCGUCUAUUACGCGUCGAACAAGAAGGAUCGUCGCAUCAUUAGGGGAUUUCCAAGCAAAGAUCGCCAAUGGAUUGAUUUUUUUUUCUAUGUGCCGAUUUGCGAGGCGACAUUAGGAAACGGUGUUGGGCUAAUUAAGAUGAGCUGGCAGCGAAUGGGUAGCCGACCCAUUGCCCUUUUUGGCCCGGCUCGUCGUUUCCUCAUCCGUUUCCUAAGUGUCCAGACGCUUAUCUGCUUCGAGCUCAUCAGAAGAGGACGUUCAUUCCAUGAUGAAGAAGAUGAAAGAAAUGAAUUGGAGGGAAAGAGCCGAGCUCUUGAAGCAACAAGAAGCGGAGAAAAAGAAACAGGCCGAGCUCCAGCUCAAGCGGGAUCAGCCACACAGGAUACUGAUGACGAGCCGAUCGCCACUGUUUUAAAGAAAACCAAAUCCACGUCGGCUGUGCUGGCCUUAGGACCUGUAGGCAAGCCGGAUGCGAAGGCGAAGGGUCGCGCCGAGGUCGUCGGCAAGGGGAGAGCUGGAGCUGUAGUUCCAACCAAAGGUGCUGCAAAGUCUAAAGAGCAGGCUCAAAGUUCGAAACGUCCAGCAAACUUUCCUGCCGAGGACCGAGCUGCAAAGAAAAUCGCGCCUUUCACCUCUUCUCGCUCCGUCGAGCCCGUUUCUCAGGGUAAUGUCGAUGCUCCGUUGUCGGAUCCCAAUGAUCCUUACACYGCUCCGGUCGCAGCAGCUCGCGCAAUUUCCCAAUUUUACCGACCUGGAAUGAACCCGGUGGAUCACGCUUCUCUGGAAUUCGCAGACGUCUAUGGCGAAGUAGCGCUUCGGGUAGUUAAGCUCGCCGCCCAUGUUAACCAGCUGGCUAAAGAUUAUCAGGRCGAGCUUCAUCUGAGCAARCAACGAUGURAGGAUGCCCGUGGGGAAGCUAGCGAGGCAAACCGGAAGCGCGAGGCGGCCGAGAAGGAGUGCGCCGAUCUCAAGGCCAAGCUGAAACUCACCGAUGAUCAGAUCAAAGUGUUGGAGAAUCGUUCGCCAUACUCAGUGUCUCCUGACUCGUCAUCUGUGUCAACGAGCUCGUCCUCCAAGCGAGAAUGCUCUGCUUGGAUGUUCUCGUUGACAUGGAUUUGUUCCUGUUCGGAUGGGAAUGUGCCGCUAAGGUCGCUUGCAGGAUCGAUCUCCAUGUCUUCAGAAUUCUCUACCAAAUUAGGUGCGUCAGCAGGUGGACUUAUUUCCGGCGGCGGAACUUGCGCUUCAUGA